AUGCCUAGUAAAUAUCGCCGUCUGCUUCAGCAAACGGAGCAGGAAAAUGAGGAAGAGCCGCCACAGCGGCAGCUGCGCAGGCGACGACAGGAAUCUACAGUACCUGCUGAGGAUGAGGAUGACAUUACAUUAGAUGACCUACAGAGUGAGGUAGUAAGGGUUGAGGAAGAAGAAAAAGAAGCAACAAAAGUGAGAGAGUCACGUAUAACAGAAUCUAAAAAGGGAAAGAAGAAGUUAAUAAAGGGGCAGGUUGAACGUAACGCUUCUGCUUCUGCUUCUGAUGAUGAUUAUGAUCAUGAUAAUGAUAUUUCGUCUACUGCAGGUUUAUCGAGUCGGUUCGGUAAGAGUCGAAAGACCACCAGUGAACAUGAGACGUUAGGUGUCACCAGUGAUGAUUCCUCUACAUUAUCAAAGGGGCGUAGCAAUGAAGUCAAUCAAAAACUUUCAGAGAGAACUCUCAGCGAGAGCCGUAAGGGGGGCUCUACUGCAAAUGAUGAAGACCACCACCAACACCACAGCAAAAUAUCUGUUGAUGAAAAUGACACCGAUGAUGAGGAUGAUGAUGAUAAUGAUAAUAAUGAUAAUAAUGAUAAUAAAAAUAAUACUAAUAACGAAGAUGAGGAUGAAGAUGAUGAGGAUGAAGGUGAGGAUGAUGUAUUGCCGCAUGCCCCGCGGCUGUACUCCUGCGAUGCCUGUCCGCACGGAAUCUUCACAACCCACGCGGCUCUUCUCGCCCACGCGGAGGAGCGCCACGCGGAACUCGCCCCGGACCACGCCCGCCUUCACCGCCUCGCCGCCCGUCUCUGCCCCGUCUGGAGUCGCGCCCGCCACGCCCGCCGCGCGGCCAUCGCCAUGUGGGGGAAAAAAGUUCUCGACAUCGCCGUGCGGCGCGAUGCGGGGCCGGAAAAAAUGCACGAAGCCCAUCGAGCCCGUGAACAACUUGAAAUUGUUGUCCGUCGCUGGCAUGAAAGGGCGAGGGUGUUUAUUUUUGGCAGUUCCGUCGCUAUGGGUGUGUGGGAUGGUAUGGCGGAUAUUGACUUUGCCGUUGUGGAUGUGGACGCUUUGGAUGCCGGGGGUUGGCCACCACUCGAGCGCAAUGCGGUCCGUUCCAUCACAGAACUCCUGCGCCGUGCGGGGUUUUCCUUUGUGAACCUUGAACCCAUUAGUCAUGCGCGGGUACCUAUUAUCAAGCAUCAUGCAUCUUCACCUAUCCUUACUACAGCAAGAAGAGACGCGGAGGACGUUGUUGCGCGAAGUGUACGUUUCGUCCUAAAUGCCCCAGCAGGGAAAGAAGAUCGGGUGAUGUUAGAGGGAAGUGUACGGGAUGCUGUUGGGCCGUCGGGAGUGCAGCAAGUAUGGUGGAAUCGUACAGGAGACGUUAUGUCCAUGACUCUCAAUAGUACUACUUCUGCCAUUCGAGCGGCUAUGUGUACACCCGCUUUAGUGACACCAGCACUACGAGCUAAAGUACAACCUGUACAUGAUGAGUGUAGACCAGAGUUGUAUAAUGUGGAUUUUGAUCUCAGUUUUCGUGCCUUUGGUAUACGUAAUUCAAAUUUAUUACGGCAAUAUUUGAUGAGUCACCCAUGUGCACGUCCUGGGGCAAUUGUAUUAAAAGAUUGGAGUAAGACGAGUGGGGUAAAUAAUUCUGUGAAUGGAUAUUUUACAAGUUAUGCCAUUAACAUUAUGUGGAUUUACUAUCUUAUACAAAAAGAAUACGUACCAUAUGUUGAUCCAUUAGAUAUUCCAGCAUCAUUAGUAAAUUAUACAGAUUUUGGCCCAAAGUAUAUCCCAAUGGUGGAUCCUUCCCUUAGUCCAGAGGAGCUUGACGCACUUUACAGAGAUGCAGGAGAUAUGUUGGUGGGAUUCUUUUAUUUUUACUCUUUUGAGUUUGAUUGGGAACAUCACGUUAUUUCACUAAAUCGACCUGGUAUCACUACCAAAAAGAUGUUGGGGUGGCAUGUAGAAGAUGUGGUACCUCCAAUGAUAUCUACAUUAGGUGGAGGAGGAGGAGGAAGUGGCGGUGGUGGUGGUGGUGGUGGUGGUGCUAACAAUGGUGGUGGUGGUGGUGGUAGUGGUAGUAUGAAUAGUGGAAAUAGUGUUGGCAAUGGUAGUAAUACAAAACGUCACCCCACUCGAUACGAGCUUUGUAUUGAAGAUCCCUAUGAGGAAAAUUUAAAUUUGGGUCGACAUAUAGGUAUUACAAAAUCGCUACGUGUACGCACUGAACUUUACCGUGGAAUGCUUUCUCUUCUUAAGGAUGGUGAGAAGGAGUCGUGUGUUUUUGCAUCAACUGACUUGGCGGAGUCUGCUGAUGUUGCAGGUACUUCUCCCUCAGCACUUCCAGCACGUGCUUUAUUUAAACUUAUGGCCUUGACGACACAGGCUAUUGCCGAGUCCAAACAACUCUCAGAAAAAACGGAUAGUGGUAAUACAAUGGUUGGUGAGAAAGCUGGUGUUACUACUGUUGUUGCUGGUGGUGGUGGUAGUAGUAGUAGUGGUAGUAGUAAUGGUAUAGAUUCACCAAGUUCUUCAUUACAAGAAGGAUCAUCAACGUUUACUUCUAGCUAUUCACCUUCCUCUCCCAUCUCUUUAUCAACAGGACUCAUUGGUGUUUCUGAGAAGAAGUUGGAGAGCUUAUUUCUUGAAAAGGCACCCACAGAGUACCAGCUUACACGGAAAGUGUGGAACUGGCACCAACUCAUACAUCGAUUGGGGUAUAAGAUUCACCGUGGUUAUAUACUGCCUAGACGAGAGAUUGGUGUUCGUUGCCUCGUCCGCCGCGACGCUGAUGACUCUCUACACGAUUCUAACGGCAAUACUAAUACUACUAAUACUGCUACUAACAAUAAUAACAAUAGUAAUAAUAAUAAUAAUAAUAAUAAGAGGGUUGCAACACAUGGUCGUAACCUAACUGAAGGUAUUCUACGCGAUGUUAGUCGUGGAUUCAUGACACUUACACCGGAGUGGGUGGCGUGGUCUACACCAUGGGUAAGUCAACACUUGCGUGGGUACAGUCGCUUAACAACGAUUGCAGGUGAUACGGUUACAACAGGAAAAACUACUUCUAAUAAUAAUAGUAGUACUGCUCCUGUUUCAACACUUUCAUCUAGUGGAGAACCUGCAGUAGGGCUAAUGCGAGGGACGCGUCGAAAUGCAUCUCCUGUGACCGCUAUGAUGAUAAUGAAAAAGAGAAUGUCAAUGCCAGUGACAAUGAAAGUGUCGAUGGUACGGCUUUAUGGUGGCGUAAAACGAUUUUUACCCUUUAAAUGUAUUCGGUGA